AUGCAAAUGAAGGAGGUGGCGAGAGAUGUAAAGUAUAUAAACGGGGAAUAUUCUUGGUCUCAGUACCUUGCUCUUUCCUCAGCUUGCCUCAGCAUCUCUGAUCUCACUCCUCCACCCACCAACACUACCAAAAUGGCAUUCGCUGGAAGAUGGGAAACCGAGACCCAGGAGGGAUACGACGCCUUCUGCAAGGUGCUAGGCAUUCCAGAUGAUGUCAUUGAGAGGGGCCGUGACUACAAGUUGAUCACAGAGGUCACCCAGGAUGGCAACAAUUUCACCUGGACCCUCUUAUAUCCUGCCAAUGCCAAGGUCACCAACAAGUUCACAAUCGGCAAGGAGGCCGAGAUGGAGACCAUUGGAGGAAAGAAAUUCAAGGCUACAGUACAAAUGGAAGGAGGCAAGCUAAGUGUGACCUUCCCCAACUACCACCACACCUCUGAGAUCAGCGGUGGCAAACUCAUCGAGACCUCCAAAGCCGGCUCUGUAGUGCUGAAGAGAAUCAGCAAGAAGAUCUAACUCUUC